CCUUUGAAGCCAGGCCGCAGUCUUAUGGAUUGGAUUCGACUGACAAAGAGUGGAAAAGACCUAACAGGGCUGCGAGGUAGGCUACUGGAGGUGACUGAAAAGGAGCUAGCUAAACACAAUAGAAAAGAAGACUGCUGGAUGUGCAUCAGAGGUUUGGUGUACAAUGUGACACCUUACAUGGAGUACCAUCCUGGUGGUGAGGAAGAGUUAAUGAAAGCAGCAGGAGCUGAUGGGACAGACCUUUUUGAUCAGGUUCACCGCUGGGUUAAUUAUGAAUCCAUGCUGAAGGAGUGUCUGGUGGGAAAGAUGGCAAAUAAACUAAUUCCUUCUAUAAAAGGUGUAUUUUCUACUCCAAAUACAUGUGACAAAUCAGCCAGAGCCGUUUCUCCAAGGUAUGAUUGGUUCCAAACAGAAGCUGAUGUCACAGUUGUCAUAUAUGUUAAACAAAAGGAUAUUACUUCAGAGUCUGUGAUUGUUGACCUUGAAGAUGGUGUGUUAAGAAUAGAGGUGAUUCUAAAUGAAUAUACUUAUUUGCUGCACAUAGAACUAAGUCAUGAAGUAGACAAUGAUUCCUCUGUGCACAUAGCAGGAGCAGUUGGAAAAAUUGAAGUAAAAUUAAAAAAGAUGAAUAGUAACACCUGGAGAGAUUUAGGGAAUCCUCUUGGCUGCCAUAAUACUCUCAUGAAGAAGACAGAACGAGAACUUUUCUUUCGAAAGUGCAAACUGGUGUCAGUGGCUGAGAUUACAUAUAAUACCAAAGUAUUCUGUUUACAACUACCCCAAGGCACUCAUCUUCAAGUACCUGUCGGGCAUCAUGUUUACCUGAAACACAGUAUAAAAGGCACAGAAAUAAUUAGACCAUAUACACCUAUUACCCAUUAUUUGGAGCCAUGUGUGGAAGAAACAUCCCAGAACAGCUCAGGUAGUGUCUAUCUAAUGAUUAAAAUCUAUCCCAGUGGAGUCCUCACACCGCAGAUUGACAGCCUUCAGAUUGGAGAAUUUGUUUGUAUGAGUAAUCCAGACGGCACAUUCCAAACAUCUCAGCUUCUAGGAGUUACAGAUUUGUUCCUCUUGGCAGCUGGCACUGGUUUCACACCAAUGGUCAAAGUGAUAAACUUUUCUUUAAGAACAGUUCCCUGUCUCAGGAAAUGCAAGUUGCUGUUCUUCAAUAAAACAGAAGAUGAUAUCCUUUGGAGAGAAAAAGUGGAAGAACUAGAAUUGAUGGACAAAAGGUUCUCUACAGAAUUUAUUCUUUCUGAGCCCUCAGAUGGCUGGAAUGGGAAGUUUGGAAGAAUUUCAUUGCAGCUUUUGUCUGAAAUUUUAACCAGGCCGCCUGGAGAGUUCAAACCAUUUAUUUGCAUCUGUGGUCCAAGACCUUUUACUGAAGAAGGAGUCAGAUGUGUGCAGGAACUGGGGUAUUUAAAGGAAGAAAUGCAUGCCUUUACAGGAUAAGAAUGCAAUUAUCUGGAAAGAACCGGAUAUCUUACUACAUGUAGCAGAAAAAUGAUUUCUUCAUCUUACAUCAGAAUUGCAUUAAUUGACAAAUGAACAUUUCUACUGAUAGAUACUGCUUUUUUAUGACAAUGGUUUUAUUUAAGAUACUGUUAAAGAUUUCAUUUGUGCUUUGUCACAGCAAUACAGUUAUGGUAUAUGUAGUACCUUAUUUUAUAAAUUAUUAUUGCAAUCUGAAUACUUAUUAUAACAUUAAAGUGCAUUUUAGACCCA